AUGGAAACAUAGAAACAAAAAGUAAAUAUUAGCGAAGAGCUUAAUGAUCCGGACUAGUGGACAUACUAUAAUGAGGGCAAUAACAACAUUAUUUUGAGAUAUAUUGGUUCCAACAAUAUACUUUCCUCAAAGAUUUUGAGAAUUAGAAAGAACAACAAUGUGCAAUACUAUACUGACCCAACUUUAUUCCCAUUGGAAGAGUACAAUAAACUUUUCAUUGAGAAAGUUUUUAUGAGUCAUCCAAUCCUGUCUAAAUAUUUGUAGGAGUUUGAAUAUGUGACUCUAACUUAAGAGUUCCUCAAAAUAAUUGAUAGUCGCUUGAAUGAUUCAAAGGAGUGUGACAGAUCAAAGAUUAACUCUCUAAGCACUCUUGAUUUAUCAUGCCCUUCCGCGAUGCUUGCUACAAAUUUCUCCAGUUAGCCUGAACCCACUGAUGACAUCAAAUUGUAGAAAGUUAUAUCAUUUGAGACGAAGCCCAAAUCUGGAGUUGUAGAAUACGUACCAACAUCGGUGAAAAGUUAUAUUGAGUAGAAUGAAAGCGAACUUUAGAAUUUUAAUACAAAACAAGACAUGAAAGAAAAGUUUAUAUGCAAUGAGUUUACUAAAUAUCACAUCAUGCAAGUAUCCCGAAAGUAUAAAGGUAAAUUAAAUAAUCUAUCAAAAUACUGUCCAAGAGACUUUUUCAACAAAGAAUCACUAUCAAAAUCACUCAGAGACUUAAUUGAUGAUAGAUAAAUUUAUGGCAGGUUAUUCAUGAAUGGAGAAGAAUUAUUUGAAGUUGAGGAUGAUUUACUUUAUUUGAUAUCAGAUUUUCUCCUCGAGUCCAAUAUUAUAAAUGCAGUAUUUGAUUUCUAAAAGUUUUGCAUGCAUAGUAUGGAAUAUGUUUUGGAUUGUUAUAAUAAAGUUGCUAAAUAUCUCUUGGAUGAGACUACUCGAGAAUAGCACUUUGAUAUAAUAAGGAGAAUAUUUAACAAUUUUGAAUUUGCAAAGAAUAAUGAACUAGCUAAUUAGUAAUGCGAUCAAAAUAAUCAAGAGCAACUCUGGAACGUGAUAAUUGGCUAUCUCAUAUCAGCAACUGCCAAAGAUUUCACUAUAAUUAUGAGAAUAGUUGAUAAAAUAAGUUAAGAAGAUAUAGACAAUAAGCAUUAAAGCUUGAAAAAUGAAUAAAUAUUAACUUAUAAAGGGCAGUAAUACAAAGUAAGAAUAGGAGUUAUUGAUCUAGAAGGUAAAAUGUACACAAAAUUGCCAGUUUAUAUGAAAGAGGCGGAGGAAGCGUAUCUAAAUUUUGUCAAAUAUCAAAAUGAAAAUUGA